CCCGAUAAACGAAUCAACAAGAAAGGACCAACAAGAAAGGAUCAACAACGACGAAGCAUGGAAGAGAGAGACAGCGAGGAAAGUACAAGAACAAGGGCAUCCAAGUUUGAUUUUCAGUUGUUCCUGCAACAACUUCGAAGCAAGAAAGCGGAUCCUGUACUUCGGUACAUCAAGUCAUUUUUGAAGAACUUUACCCAAAGAUCUUUCACCGUAGAUGAGCAGGUCAAGAUCUUUGACGACUUUGAGGAGUUUAUAUUUGCUCGGAUGGCAGAGUAUGAACCUUUCAGCACAAUGGAUGAGGUGAGCUUUGAGAAUGCCAAAGCCGGCGUCGAGAAGCUUGUAAUGACCAAGCUGUUCGAAUUGACGUAUUCACCUGCCAUUCCAAAGGCCAAAUUAGACGAGAGCCAUAUGGAGGAUCUACGACUCGAUAAGAUCUUACAGGAUAACUAUGCCAAGUAUCCAGAUCUGACAGCGAAGGAUCUCGAUGUUGACGAAACGCUUGCAUCACAAGGACACCAGUUCAUCGACAUGGCAGCUGGCGAGUUGAACAAGAUGAACCAGUUUAAGGCACCAAGGGCCAAGAUCAUCUGUCUCUUAAAUGCAUGUAAGCUUCUCUUCCAACUGAUAAAGAGCAGCGAGCAACACCAAAACGCCGAUGAGUUCCUGCCACUGCUGGUGUAUACGACUUGGAAAGCCAAGGUCAAGCAUCUCUACUCAGAUUUACACUACCUUGAACGGUUCUCCUUCAUAAAGACAAGCGAGACGCAGUACUACUUGGUGUCGUUAAGUGCAGCAGCCGAGUACAUAAGGAACUUGGACAACCUCCACAGUAAAUAGACAUCCCAUCUUACUCUCUAAAAGAUUAUAUUAUAUAAUAUUAUAUUAUAUAAUGGAAACCCGAAUUAUGCGAUGUUAUAUCCGCGCGUUAAGAAAAACAUGCCUCAGAAC